UAUCAUCAUCAGUUACACUUGAAGAAACCCCUCCGGCUCCUCAUUAUAUCCCUGCCCAUUCAAUGUCUCCUCCACCAAUCUCCUAUAAAAACCAGUUUCAUACCCAGUAGUAGCUGGUCAUCCUCUUCUCCUAAUUAUUUCACACCACUUCACAUAUUGUAUGUAUAAUAUGGCUUUCAAAGUAAUGUCUCUCCUGUUGGGUGUCACGUUUUUCAUUGCAGGUGCAAGUGCAAUUAGGGAAAUUCCCAUCAAACAAGCCUACGACAAUACUGAAACAAGAGUGCUACUACUCGAAACCAGCAGCAGCAGUGGUGGAGGCCUGGUCGAUUGCUGGAACGCACUAAUGGAGAUAAAGUCUUGCUCAAAUGAAAUCAUUCUAUUUUUCCUUAAUGGCCAGACUGACAUUACUAUUGGAGCUGACUGCUGCAGUGCCAUUAGUAUUAUCGCCCACAAUUGCUGGCCUUCUAUGCUUACUUCCCUUGGUUUCACUGUUGAGGAAGUCAACAUACUUAAUGGCUACUGUGCUGAUUCUGCUGCUCCAUCUCCUCUAGCUGCUGCCUCGCCUACACAACAGUAGCCUCAUCCCUGUAUCCGGUGGCAUUUGUCUAUAAAAUAAAUAUAAGAUGGAUGCCUUAACUAAGGUUUCACUUGCUGAGUUUGA